UCUGUACGUCUAUGGUUGGCAGUCGAUUGCUUCUUUUUGACGUUUGCUUGCCCAACGCGGAAUCUUAAAACAAUGCCGAUGUGUGGGUCUACUGGAUCAGUGAAGCCUGUAGAUGACGAGUGUCGAGAUGUACUUGGAAGAGUUCGUGAAGGCUGUGAGGAGAAGGCUGGCAAAAAAUUUGAAUAUUUUGAGCCGAUCCAUUAUAAGACCCAGUUAGUGAAUGGGAUUAACUUUUUCAUAAAGGUGAAGAUUGCUGAUAAUGACUAUCUCCAUGUUCGGGCGCACAAAUCGUUCCAGGAUGAGGUGACUCUAUGGGGUAUUCAGCAAAGCAAAAUUUUAGAGGAAGAGGUUCAUUACUUUGACUAAUGAAACGAAAAAAUGCAAGUCCGCGUUGAACUAACGCUAUUGAGUUGGAUUCGCCUAUUUUUGAAACCCCCUGUUAUUUCCAACGAACACUCUUCUCGAUGUACUAGGAGGACAAUUAAUACUUGUCCAUAGAUUACCAGUUUACCAAACUAUACACCAAAUCAAGCGGAUUUGUUACAGAGAGAAAUCGUGCUCUAAGUCGACUAUGACUGUGCAUUUAAAUUAACGGUGAAUUAAUUUAUAUAAUGAAGGCAACAAAAAAACCUCAGUUGACUUUGA